AUCGAUGCUAAAGUCAGUUUCUCUCCUAAUGCACAGCUAAGUCUUCUUUAUCAUAAUCUUUCCAAUGGAUGAAAUUGUAAACACGAACACUACUUGUUCAGGUGGGUCUGAAGAAGCUGAGCUCAUAAGAGAGCUUCUCGACGACGAAUCGCCAUUCUUCAUGUUACCUCGGCAGACCAUUAAUUCAAGUUCUAGCCCUUCAGAAGAUUCACUCAAUGACCAGCUCAUGUCCAAUCUCUACUCUGGCCCAACAAUGGAAGAUAUUGAGAGUGCUUUAUCAGCUACAAAAUAUAGAAACCAUGCAGAAGAUAUCCCACAAGCCAGGAUUUCAAUGUUGGAAAGAGGUUUGAGUAAGGCUGAGAGUAAGUAUACUUUGAGGAUUAAGAGCUGGGGCAAUGUAAUGGCUGAUGAUGGUUAUAAAUGGAGGAAGUAUGGUCAGAAAUCUAUCAAGAACAGCCCAAACCCCAGUGAUCAGCCCAAGUUCUAUGGCGAGCUUUAUCUAUUGGGUAUUGAUCCAACCAAAUGGGAAUCUGUGUUUGAAAGCUUUGAGCAAGUUGAUCCUUCAACAACUUGA